CGCUGAGGGCCAGCAUCGGUUCAAGAAGAGGAAGGAGCGGUAUGAGUGGGUGCACGAUCGAAUGGUGGAUCACGGGUUUCUGCACAGGUCGGGGGAGGAUUGCCAUAAGAAGUGGCAGGGCAUGAUGGCUGCAGCGAAGUUGAUUCUCGACAAGUGUGUGAAUGCUUCGGGCAAACCUUCAUACUGGGACAUGACUAUGGAGCCGCGGAAGGCGGAGCAAGUGCCAGUACGCUUUGAGAAAGCGUUGUGGAAAGCGAUGAAGUGGCAAUUGAAUUGGCCCUCCAUCAAGUGUGACAACACGCUGGCAUCGGAGAACCUGCCGGGUAACGCAGGAGGGCCAUCAACGGAGACCGGUCCACCACAACCCUCGUCGGGGAAAAGUGGUUUCGACGGUAGAGCAACGGAAGAUUCCCACAGUGCAGCGAAGACGCGGAGGAUGAAUACCGACAAAGCGAGGAUGGACGACACGACCAGCGGUGGGAUAGUAUUGGGGAGGGCGAUGGAGGACGCAACACGGUCGUACAACGAAGGUCUGGAUAAGGCCGCUACCACUCUUGCGAAGGCAACGUCGGAAGCCGGCACAGGGAUCGCAGCGAAGAUUGCUGACGUCGCAGAUGCCAUGCGUGGGGGGAACACCGUCCUCGAAAUGCUUGUGGGGGUUCUUUCGAGGCACGGUGGUGGGGGAAAUAGCGAUGCACAGUGGAGGGUGGACACAGACCCCUCGCCAUGUUAGCACUUGAGGAUAACAGGUCAUAAGAAAAAAAAGAGCACAAAUAAAAUAUCGAUCACUUA